CACCUCCGCAGCGUGUCACAUUCCAGAUUCACCAACACCUCAGCUCAAAUGGAAGCCAUGCAUCGUCGCCUCGUGCUGAUGGCCCUCGUGGCGUUUGCCUCCCGGUGCUGCGGAGGCAGGCGGUGUGACCCCAGCGCAGGGCUGGAGAAGGAAAAGAUGAUGCUGAUGUUUCAAGAUUUUAUGAAAACUUACAACAAGACGUACAAGGAUCAGGAAGAGGAGCUGCGUCGCUUUGAGAUCUUCGUGCAGAACAUGGAGGAAGUGAGGAAGCUGCAGGAGGCAGAGCAGGGCACGGCGAGAUACGGUGCCACCAGAUUCAGUGACCUCUCAGCUGACGAGUUCACACUCGGAAGUUCCUGGGCUUUGGAAGACAAUCGAUGUGAAAAAGUGUCCCUCCAUAACCACGUAGAGCAUCUUCCUGAGUCGAAGGACUGGAGGGACGAUAAUGUAACACCCGUAAAGAACCAGAUGAAGGGGAACGAGAAAUGUAAGUCCUGCUGGGCCUUCAGCGUAGUUGGCAACGUGGAGUCGCAGUGGUCCAUCCGGAAGAAACAACUGAUCUCACUCUCAGAGCAAGAGCUGCUGGACUGCGGGAGCAAGGGUAACGAUUGUAAAGCGGGACGUAUUGACGUGGCCUUUGAGGAUGUCAAGAAGAUCGGUCUGGUGAAGGAGGACGAUUACCCAUACGAAGGGAAAGUAUCUACUUGUCACCAGAGACAGAAAAAAACCGUCGUCAAGAUUCAGAAUUGUAUCUGGCUCCCUGAAAAUGAAAGAGCGAUGCAACAGUACGUUGCGUUUAACGGGACAAUCUCGGUGCUGGUGACCCUGUUGCCUAUACAGCAAUACAAAGGAGGGAUUAUGAAAACCUGCAGUGAAAUUAACAAAUCAUUUCAUGCCAUGUUAAUCGUCGGCUACGGAAUCGAGGACUCGACGCCGUACUGGAUCUUAAAGAACAGCUGGGGAAAAGAUUGGGGAGAGGAGGGCUAUAUUCGUAUCUACAGAGGGGCUAAGGUCUGUGGCAUAAAUAAAUUCGCAAUGUCAGCUGUUGUGUGAGGGAUGGAUCACCGUUCUUCGUCAACCUCAACGCUUUCAGCUUCUGGGAACAAGGGAGCUACUGUCGGGGUACCCCUGCAAGGACUGGGGUGUCAGGCCUGCUCCUAGUGACACUUCCCAGCCCGCACAAACAGGCCCCUCCCAGUCUCCAGCCAGCCCGUAGGAUUCGCUUGCCACUCGUUCCGCACUCUUCACCUGCAGCCUAUUUAGCCCCCUACUCUCAUCCACAGUCCUUGCUCACUCACGGAACAAGUUGGCCUCAGCCAGCCGCUCCUAGCUUUCGUUCUCCUUGCCUGAAGUCCACCUUGUAGCCUGUUGCGUUGAGUUUCUGUUCUCUCAUGUGCAGUGGCCCCUUGUGGCUUGUUAUUUUGCGGUCUAUUA